UUUAUCUUUUAUACGAUUAGUAUUUAAUACAACACGCGAUGCAGCGAAUAACUCAUUUGCAAAGUAGACUACAAUUUAUAAAAAUAAAGUUUCAGUUCAAACAAUUAUGUAUGAUGGAGUAAAUAAUAAUUAAGAAAUUAUAUUAAUAAAAAUGAAAACUAUAAAAACAAAGUUUGUAAGGGAUCAAAGACAAUUUUAAAAUAUUGUAUUAAGUUUUUAAAUUUAACAAAAUUUUCCGAGGUGCGGCAGUGAAGGGCCUCAAGUUUUAUUUUGCCCCGGGCCUCAAAUCGUCUUGCACCGGCACUGGGUACACAGGUAUGGAGAUCUGGGUCCAUUUCCGCUGUUGCAUCAGGUUUUAUGAAUGAUACAGGUAAGUUCGUAAUUUUUGGUAGCAAUUCUCGCAAGAUAUGGGAUAGUUUUGAUUAUCCGGCAGACACACUGUUGCCUAGUCAGGUUAUAGAGAGAGGUGGAGGGAUGAAUUCAACAAUCAGUGCAACAAACUUUUCUGGUGGACGAUUCCAGUUACGUCUGCUUCAAGAUGGAAAUCUUCUUCUUAAUACUCGAAAUAUACUUUCAGGUAAUCCUUUAGUUGAUUACUAUCGUAGUGGUACUAGUGAUGACUCCAACUCAUCAACUUCUGGCGAACGAGUGAUCUUUGAUGCAACGGGAUACAUGUAUAUUUUGAGAAGAAAUGGCGAAAGGUUGUAUCUUACUCAAAGAGGCUCAGUUCCUUCUGGAGAUUAUUAUCACAGAGCUACUCUCGAUUCUGAUGGGGUCUUUAGACAAUACUACUACCCUAAGAAUUCCACUGGCAAUGCAAGCUGGGAAGUUGUAUUGUAUAUACCAGAUAACAUAUGUGAGGACAUCCGUGGGAAUAUAGAUAGCGGAGCUUGUGGGUUUAACAAUGUUUGCAACCUCCAAGAUGGGCGGCCAAACUGUAAAUGUCCACGGGGGUUCUCAAUUGUUAAUCCAGAUGAUCCAAAUGGUGAUUGCAAGCCAGAUUUUACUCCAAGCUGUUAUCAUGAAGGUAGGUUUGAUAAUGGAGGAGACAUGCUUGGUUUCAUCGAGCUGAAUAAUACUGAUUGGGUAUUUUCAGACUAUGGAAACUUGGAUCCAAGUAGUGAACAGACCUGCAAAAGUAUCUGCUUGGAAGAUUGUUUUUGUGCUGUUGCAAUAUACAGGGACGCCAAAUGCUGGAAGAAGAGACUUCCACUCUCUAACGGGAUUAUGGGUGCUACAGAUAACGUGAAGGCGUUCGUGAAAUACCGGAUAGCUGAAGGUCCUUUUCAAAACCCUCAUCGGCUUCCCAGAGAAAGAAAAGAUCAAACAAGUUUGGUACUUGUGGUAUCGGUCCUUUUAGGUACGUCUGUGUUUGUAAUCUUUGUAUUGAUUGGUGUUAUUUGUGUGGGUUUUUUUGUAAUCUACAAGAAGAAGCCCAGAAACACAUAUCCAAUUAGUAAAGCAGUUGAAACCAAUCUGCCUCCUUUUACAUAUCAAGAACUAGUUGAAGCUACAGACGGAUUCAAAGAUGAAUUGGGAAAGGGGGGUUUUGGGAUAGUCUAUAAAGGUGUGAUAGGAAAAAAGAUCGUAGCUGUGAAGAAGUUUAAUACUGUAGUUCAUGAUAGUGAUAAGGAAUUCAAAACCGAGGUUGACAGCAUUGUGAAAACUCAUCAUAAAAAUUUAGUGCAGCUUCUUGGGUAUUACAAUGAUGGUGAUCAGCGCCUAUUGGUUUAUGAGUACAUGAGCAAUGGCACUUUGGCGAUGUUCCUUUUCGGGGACACAAGACCUACAUGGAGACAGAGGAGUUAUAUUGCUGUUGGGAUUGCUAAGGGACUCGUAUACCUUCAUGAAGAGUGUAGCACCCAAAUCAUUCACUGUGACAUAAAGCCUCAGAAUAUACUUCUUGAUGACUACUUCAAUGCUAAGAUUUCUGACUUUGGAUUGGCAAAACUUUUGAUGAUGAAUCAAAGUCAUACCAACACUGGAAUAAGAGGAACAAAAGGAUAUGUUGCUCCUGAAUGGUUUAGGAACACACCUAUCACAGUAAAGGUUGAUGUCUAUAGCUUUGGUGUGUUGCUGCUAGAGAUCGUUUCAUGCCGAAAGAGCUUGGCUUUUGAGACUGAUGAUGAAGGGGUGGCGGUUUUAACUGAUCUUGCAUGGGAUUGCUAUCAAGAAGGUCGACUGGAUGCAUUUGUUGAGAAUGAUUUGGAGGCCUUAAAUGACCACAAAAAACUUGCAACAUUUGUGACGGUUGGUCUUUGGUGUGUACAAGAGAACUCGUCAUUGAGGCCUACCAUGAGGAAGGUCAUCCAGAUGCUUGAAGGAGUAAUUGACGUGGCCGAACCUCCAUGUCCAUGCUCUCUUUCUAUUACCAGUUACUGAACUCUAGUUACUCUGCUAUAUAUGAUCCAGGUUGAAGUAAUCAAAAAAUGUUGAUGUUGGAGUCAUAUCAAGUAAAGUUGAAGGAUAGCGGUGAAGAUUAAAUAAAAUUCAAGGGCAUAAAUGAAUAGGCUGAAUGGUUUUUCUAUUUUAUUGAUUUCACAUAGUAUUUAAAUGCAAUAAUAAAUGCAUAUUAAUUUUUUAAUGAACUUUCUUU